AUGUCUUUCCUUACACUGCUGUGCUUAGCUUGUCUUAGUAGUACCUCGAGUCUCAGAACAGGUGUACUGGCUGCAACGCCUCCGUCAGAGCUGUUCUCACCGCUCAUCGCUCAGAAAAUCUCGCAGAUUGCAUCGAACUUCUCCUCUCCAACGCUGUACCCGCAGUAUACGGACUCCUCAGGAAAAUGGUUGUAUUUUCCGACUGAUACUUGGACUACGGGAUUCUUUCCUGCGUUGCUUUAUUCACUUAACACGCGAGCUUCUUUCUGCAAGACCAGUAGUAGUAAUGAUGGUUUGAAUGAGACGGAUUGGCUUACUCUGGCAUGGGGAUGGAGUGCACCGGAAGUAGGGCUGGAGACGAAUAACUCGGUGGGACAUGAUGUUGGAUUUCUGAGCUUUCCAUUCCAGGAGGAGUUAACAUUAGACUCGACAAAUCAGUCUGCAGUUGAUAGUGUUAAUGCUUUUGCUAAUGACCUUGCUGUGCGAUUUGAUCCGACGGUGGGAUGUACACGGAGCUGGGACUCGUCUGACCCAACUGAUUUCAUGGUGAUCAUUGAUAAUAUGAUGGAUCUUGACGUCCUAUUUGUCUCCGCGAACCUUACUGGAAACGAUACGUUACGCCAAAUUGCGAUAUCCCAUGCAGAUAAAACGAUUGAAAAUCAUGUCCGAAACGAUGGUUCUUCCUUCCAUUUAGUAGAGUAUAACCAAACUACAGGUAGCGUCAUACGUCGAGGGACAGUGCAGGGGUAUGCAGAUAAUAGUACUUGGUCUCGUGGGCAAAGUUGGGGUAUCUAUGCCUUCGCACAAAUGGAGAAAAAGGUUGAACGCCCCGCAGUGUACCAGAAUACAGGCGAGCAACACUACCUAGAUACGUCUCGACGGAUGGCGACCUAUUUCGUAACGAAUAUCCCGAGUUCGGGUAUUGUUCCUUGGGAUUUCAAUGCACCAGAUGACGGUUCUCGACCAGCAGACAGCUCAGCAGCAACGAUCGCAUCUUCAGCACUCCUCUUGUUAUCAGAUACAGAGCAGUCCUUGUCACCGGCAAACUCUUCUGGAGCGGCGUAUUGGCGGGACUUGGCGGUUCAGGUACUUGCAAAUACAACAGCAUCCUUCUGGAAUCCCAAUUGGCAGAGUCUUCUCUCGAACGGAACUGACAAUAAUCGCCUUGAUCCACCUAUUAAUGACACGGGCAUCAUCUACGGGGACUAUUACUUCGUUCAGGCUGGAAAUCAGUUGUUGCAGGCUGGCCUAGUGAAUUGUUCUGGGUCAGCCAACUCAUCAGCACUUAACAAUCCGAAUAGUUCUGGUCCUGGCCCUAAGAACUCUUACGCCACGUACAACACUGUACCAUUACAUCUCCAAACCCUAGUAUUAGUUUUAUUAUGUACAUUAUCCUUCUCCUUAAUACUAUAA